AUGAAAAUAAGCACUAUUAACACAUAACAUAACCUUUUGAAUUUAUAUACAAUUAACAAUUGCAUUAAUGAAUUUGCAUAAUUAUCUAUGCUGAACAUAAACAUUAAGGAGGACAAGCACAUUUUAAAGGUAAUGCUGUUUUCUUAUCAACAUGUACUAUUGUUUUAUAAGUUAUGCUAUGAGGAAUAGGAUGAGAUUUCUUUUCAAUAUAUUUUGUACUAUUUGGACUUUGUAUACAAGGGUGUGAAAUUUACUUUUAAAUUGCUGAGUUUAGUAUCGCUUUUUCAGAGUUUAGAGUUUAUUGAGAUUAAUAAAGAAAAUAUGAUUCUAUACCCAAUACAUCCUUUUUGCUUCCAAUUUCUUAAGUUUGAUCAUUUGAGGUAUUUAAAAUAUCAUUAAAGUCUUUCUUAUGAUCGGAAAAAAUUCUAGUUCUAGAUGAUAAAAGUACUGUUGGUAAUUUUUUCAAUUAUACUCCCCCUUAUUUAUUUUACUUUUUAUUUUCUAUUUGAAAUUUACUUUAAAAUUAAAUAUCAGACAAUUAGAAUACUUUCUAAAAAUCUUCAUUUGAUUAUUACUAAAAUAUUAAAUAUUUUCUAUUUAUUUCAAUAGCCGAGAAAAGUUGCUUUAUUAAAUUAUCAUUCGAUUUGA